AAAGAACGCGCCGUGUAGCACGAGCUAUAGGAACUAUAGUUCCUACCGAAGCCUGCAGUGUGGCUCCACCUUUAGGCGAAAGAAUUCAUUAGUUCCAUGGAAACGUAGGAUAACAGUUGGCGAGAAUCGUGUUCCGGACCCGUGGAGCUCGUUUAAACAAAAACAUCGCGUCGUUUGUUGCCGAUAUCGUUCCCGAUACCGUCUGGGAACCGAUAAACCUAACCUCUCAGGCUUUCCGAGACCUGUAACAUAACGCUCCGGUCACGGGGAGUCCGGGGAUCGCCGUGGUCGCGCAUGAUCGGACGAGAAGCGAAUCUUUCUGUGUCAGAAAAAUUCCGUCGGUCUGUGUGCACGCCUCGAACGAUGUACUGUUAUCUGUGAAAGCCGUCGCGAAACGUAAACACGCUCCAUUCCCAACGGUCGCGCGUUAUUUUCGUUCCGAUAUCGUCCGUGGCAGUUAGCAUGACCACCGUCGGGGUUUGUUUUCGCGGUACGGGACGACGAUCCCCUGUGCCAGCGAUUACGCGUGUCAUCCUGCACGGCCGUGUACGUUCAACGCGGCCGACCGACCGUUUUUCGUAGAACAAUUUCAAUUUUCUGUUGAUUAUGGAGGAGGACCACGCAACGGAAAGCAUCUUGCCGCGAUUACUUUUAUUUACGGCCGCAGACCGAGUCGACCGAGCAUAAACAUGGCGGUCGCGCUCUGUGAUGAUUACUCGUGUCAGUUUGCACUCGGGGAAGCCCUGGAAUGGAAAUAACGACGGAAUGCGCGGACCAGAGAUAUCCAGCUUCGAUAAUAUCGUCGGAAAUGGGCGAAUAAAGUUUCAAGUAUUGAGGUAUAUCCGUUUAAAAGGAGCUUCCAAAUCAAUGCAGUACACUUUCUAGGCUGCUCUCUGGGUGAGCAAUGAAUGUAUUCCGAAUUUUGACGCCGUGUGUAUUGCAACGCAGACGACCAAAGGAGGUAGAUAAUUCCGAUAAAAGGGAUUGCUGGUUCGUGAAAAGACGGCGUGGAGAUGCUUCUUACAUGAUACAUAGAAUGGGUGCUUCUGCAUCGUCAAGCAUCACCAGUGUAGGUGGAGAUUCGGUCCAAGCAGCUAGGCUCUCAUCUUCUGGUAAUCCCGAUCAACAUGGCAUUGCUAUCAGGGAAAAGAAGAAGAAAAUGACGGGGUUCGCGACGUUGCGCAAGAAGUUCAUUCGAAGACGUCGUUCUUCGAAGGCCUGCGAUCACGGUAGGAUAAUACGUGAUCUGGUGUCGACAUGGAGUCACCUGGAGGCAACGGCGCUCCUGGAGGAGUACGAGGCGCUGGCUGCGUUAAAGGAUCUCCAUGUCCAAGCCGAGUUGGCCAGGCCACCAGCAGCCACGUACAAGCAGGACUUGUCUAUGUUGUACGACUACAAACAUUGCUCCGAUGUGGAUCUCGUCUACCGAGGAGCGUGUUUCCCCGUUCACAGGGCCUUAUUGUCGGCGCGCUGUCCGUACUUUAGAGACCUGCUGACUGGAUGUCCGGGAUACGGUGCUAGGAUAUGCCUGGAGCUGAGAACGCCGAAUCUCGAAGUGCAAAUGUUCUCGGCCCUGCUGCGUUAUCUCUACACUGGUGAUAUUUGUCCGCACGAUGCAGCUUUGGAGGCGAACCUUCUGCGAAGACUGGGGGAAGAAUUCGGCACGCCUAACCCGCUGGAGCACGAUCUCAGAUACUUGCUCGACACCGGUGAUUACGCGGACGCGGCGCUAGUGUUCACGUCGGACAGUGAUUACCAGAGACCAGAUAGUGGAAGUUCAGAAUACGGAUUCCGGCCAAAGUUAGAACUGCCAUGUCAUAAAGCGAUACUUUCUGCGAGAUCUCCGUUCUUCAGGAACUUAAUACAAAGACGGACUAGAUCGGGGGAAGAUCACACAGAAAGGGCGCUUCAUAUACCUACUAGAAUAGUUUUGGACGAGAGUGUAAUACCCAAAAGAUACGCCAGAGUAUUAUUACAUGCAGUGUAUUUAGAUACCGUUGAUUUAUCGUUAAUAAUGAGAGGUAAUGGUUGCGGAAGCAGCGCUGGUAGUCUCGGAGAGGUUCAAGCUCUCACGCAUACCGGACGAGUUCGACCAAGCCCCUUAGAGGAAGCAAUGGAAUUGUACCAAAUCGGCAGAUUUUUGGAGCUAGAUAUAUUGUCACAGGGUUGUGAAGAUCUUAUUUUAGAAUAUCUUACAUUGGAAUCGCUUCCAGCCGUCUUGAAGUGGGGCAGUCAACCUCACGGAUCCGCAUGGGUACACAGACAAGCGUUGCAUUACUUGCGAGAGGAAUUCCAGCCGGUCGCAUCUUCCUCCAUUCUCCAUCAGUUGGAUCACGCGCACUUGGUGAACGUUUUGCAAAGCCACUUUUUGCAAGCCAGCGAGCUUGAAAUACUGCAGGCAGUACUCAAGUGGGGAGAACAGGAACUGGUGCGUCGCAUGGAAGACCGGGAACCUAAUUUACUCAGUCACACGGUGCACUCUGUGACCAGGAAGGGUCUGAAGAAACGGGAUCUGAGCGACAUAGAGCUACGAGAGAUACUCAGCGAGCUUCUUCCACUCGUCAGAAUGGAUCACAUUCUACCGCCCAACAGCGAGACGCUGGCUCAGGCUAUUAGAAGAGGAUUGGUUUCAACCCCACCGAGUCACAUGAUAGGGGACGAGAGAGAGAACCUGCGUAUGAAUGCUUGGAUAAGGGGAGGGAAGAAAAAUGGAUUUUUUGUAAGGCCUCGUCUGUUCAUGCCUUAUUACGAGGAAAUAAAGUCUUUAGUUGAGGAACAAAUGGUCCAAGAAGCAGAUUUGGUGAGACUGCGAAGGCCACGGUACGUGGCCGAUAUUCCCGAUGCCUUGUACAUGGUUGACGAGAAACCGAGACCAAUCGGCACAGCCGGCGUGGAUGUUCUCGCCGCGGCGUUUCCAGUUCCAGAUUCCGUGACCCUGGCAGCUAUGAUGAAACGGGAGCAGAAAUUGAGACAGUCCCCCAGUUGUCAGAGGGCGAUCAGUUUACCGCUUUCGUCGCGCCACGAGAUCAACAGGCAAGUGCGGCUGCGCGUCGUGAGGGAAUUCAACUUACCUGACACGGUGGCGGAUCUCCUGGAGAACACGGGCGCGUACAACGUGAAGGAGCAAAACGAGAGGCUGACCGACAUCGAAGACAUGGAUUCACCAGGCAUGGGGAUCAACGGGAGAACAGCCCCGCCAUUGUGCUACGGAAGAAACAUGACGUUCCCGCGGCCAGCUUCAUCCUGCACGCACAGACACGAGCUCCCGGCUAUAGUCACAGAGGGCGAAAGCUGUAGACUUCUUGCAGAGCAACAAGAGAGCAACUCGUGCAGCGAUGGACAGCUGUCGGGCGUGAUGCCAGACGUGGCAAUGGCGACAGCCUCCUUCGGAGCUUUGCAGCUGAUAGAGGAGCAAGAGCUGGAGCUGGAUCUCGGUGAUGGUACCUCUCACCUUCUGCAGCACGUGUCGCCGUCGAACGGAACGAUGGGCUCGCACAGGUCCUCGCUUCCUCACCAACAUCAGAGACAUUACUCCGGCCCUCCCCCUCCACCGUACAUGUACCACCGUGCUGGCACUGCCUUACCGAGAUUUAUUUAAGAUUUCUAGACCGUAAGAAUUGUAUAGCGACUAACUCGGACCCUCGUGAAAGCGUUCGAUUCCCAAACAAAACCGAAAUAAACAGGUGUACUCUUCGUGUACUGCCACGACUGCAUCCCAGGGGUGCGUCCCUUGUUCGCGGAACAGCCGCACGUUUCAGGAUUUAGCUAGACAAAGGUACCAUUCGGUUCGACACGCUUACGGAAAUCCGAUCGUUCUUUGCACAGAGUGUUUUCUUUUUUAAUCGCUUAGCGAAAGGACACCCGGUAGGUGGGCAAUUUACGCGAGCUUUCUGCCCGUAGCGACCAACGGCGUUUAAGGUUCUCGCGGCUGGCUGGUAGGCGAUAGUUUGUUUCUCCGAGACGCUUAAUUUCGGAAGCUUCCACGGUACACGAAGACGCGCUCGUUGGAGUCACGUCUCGGGCUGGGACCGAUAUUUCGGUAUUCGAAUAGCGAACGGACGAGAAAGUUUGAAAAGCGAAACGACGAAUUCAACUCGUUACAUUCCACUAUCGUCGCUACGUCGACGUAGCGCGCACCCGCGACCGAGUUCAAGUUCUAUUUAACUCGACGCAAACCGAAUUAAGGAAACGAAUAAACGAGAUUUAAAUUGUUAAGUAUUUAUACGUAGCUAGUCGUUCGUACUAAAAAAAAUUGUCCGAGUGCAAAGGGUCGAGGAACUCGAUCGGUGAUCUCUGCUAACAGACGCGUCGAUUUUCAUUUACAGUCCGUACUAUUCAAAUAUCGCCGCGGUCGAGACGCGUAGUCCCAGCCCCGGUUUCGUCGCGGUGAAGACGGCCACGUGUAGCGUGCCCGAUCCUUACUCGGUUUCUUGACGGGUUACAAAUUUACUUCACGCUACGAGGGACGGUAUUGUACAUUUUAUUUAACGCAGCUUAAGAAAGUAGGGGAUCCUUGAUUUCAGGAUAUUUAUAAUCGUACCGGAUACGAGGGCACACCUCGACCGUGGAAAGUUCAUGCUUAUUAGGUACAAUCACAUAUAGAUGUAACGUUUUAGGUGCAUACGCGUGCGAGAUACAGAUGCAGCUGUGGUUUAUAUGCGUGCGAGUGUGUGAACGUGAAUGCGCGUGCUCUCUAAGUACCAUAUAAAGUGUUAAUUAGACGAUGUUGCCGACGCGUUGUCAGAGAGUGAGAAAGAGAUACACGGUGUGAAUGGGUGCGAGAAAGGGAGAGAGAGAGAGAGAGAGAAAGAGAGAUAGCGAAGUGGAGGAACGGAGGAGAGAAUGCGAGACGAUGAGAGGAACAGGAAGAGAACGAGAGUAAAGGUCGCGUAGAAUGUGCAGGUAUGUAUGAUCAGUGUUUUACGAACGGUAUUGUUCUUUCUUUAAGUGAAACGCCGCUAUGGGUAAAUCUUUGCUAAUUCAUAUUACCUAUGAUAUUCAAUAAAAAUUAUUUAAAUAUUAGUAGACGCACUUCUGUCUUGAAUCGAACAGCGUACUCGUAAAUUAUUAUUUUAUAUCCAACAAUCCGGUGGUUUCUCGAUAUAGGAACGUUCGCUCUUCGAAUUAGUUUGGGCAAUUAUCCCUCUGUUGCAUAAUAAUAGAAGAAACGCGAUCCCCGUGAGUUUCGUCCCGGAAACUUUACAGGAUUUCGCAAACGAUAUUUUCUUAUGGGAAUAUCCACCGUCGGAUUCAGGUAAUCGUUGCUCGUGCGGCGGGCAUCGAUUCGCGAACGUUGUAAAUAAACCGAGAGUCGAGUUCGUUUCUUGCUCGAACGAUGCAAUAAAAAUUCGUGCGACAGAGGGUUAAAACGAGCCGUUGUAGCUGCGCAAAGCGUUUUUCGUUCCCUUCGUUUGUUGUACAGAGCUUCCGAUCGAACAUAGCGCGUUGAUCAUUUCUCGGGCGUUCUAGCUUAUAAGCAUUCGAAUCUCGGUGUCGAACGAGUCGAAGCGAUAGCCAGUCGACGCACCUGCGAAACGAUUUUUGCUCUACGUACAACGAUACUCAUGGUUUUUUUGUCACUGACGUGAAAAUAAAACGACGUUCAUUAAUGAA